CCCUCAGCUCCUAGUACCGGGAGAGCGUGGAGCCAGUACGAGAGGCGAAUUCUGGGUGAGCUCCAGGGCGGUGGUCGGCAAACUGGGUAUGAACCUAGAGGGCGGCGGCCGAGGUGGAGAGUUCGGCAUGAGUGCGGUGAGCUGCGGCAACGGGAAACUCCGCCAGUGGCUGAUUGACCAAAUCGACAGCGGCAAGUACCCGGGGCUUGUGUGGGAGAACGAAGAGAAGAGCAUCUUCCGUAUCCCGUGGAAGCACGCGGGCAAGCAGGACUAUAACCGCGAGGAGGACGCCGCCCUCUUCAAGGCUUGGGCUCUAUUUAAAGGAAAGUUCCGAGAAGGCAUUGAUAAACCAGACCCUCCUACCUGGAAGACACGUUUGCGAUGCGCUUUGAACAAGAGCAAUGACUUUGAGGAAUUGGUUGAGAGGAGCCAGCUGGAUAUCUCUGACCCAUACAAAGUGUACAGGAUUGUUCCUGAGGGAGCCAAAAAAGGAGCAAAGCAGCUCACCCUGGAGGACCCACAGAUGACCAUGAGCCACCCCUACCCCAUGACGGCACCUUAUACCCCACUCCCGGCCCAGCAGGUUCAUAACUACAUGAUGCCACCCCAUGAUCGAAGCUGGAGGGAUUAUGUCCCCGAUCAGCCUCACCCAGAAAUCCCGUAUCAGUGUCCAAUGACGUUUGGUCCCCGUAGCCAUCACUGGCAAGGCCCAGCUUGUGAAAAUGGUUGCCAGGUGACAGGAACCUUUUAUGCUUGUGCCCCACCUGAGUCCCAGGCUCCUGGAAUCCCCAUAGAGCCAAGCAUAAGGUCUGCUGAAGCCUUGGCGCUCUCAGACUGUCGACUGCAUAUCUGCCUGUACUACCGGGAAAUCCUGGUAAAGGAGCUGACCACCUCUAGCCCUGAAGGCUGCAGGAUCUCCCACGGACACACCUACGAUGCCAGCAACCUGGACCAGGUCCUAUUCCCCUACCCAGAGGACAAUGGGCAGAGGAAGAACAUUGAGAAGCUGCUGAGCCACCUGGAGAGGGGUGUGGUCCUCUGGAUGGCUCCAGAUGGACUUUAUGCCAAAAGACUAUGCCAGAGCAGGAUCUACUGGGACGGGCCCCUGGCACUGUGCAGCGACCGGCCCAACAAACUGGAGAGAGAUCAGACCUGCAAGCUCUUUGACACGCAGCAGUUUCUGUCAGAGCUGCAAGCCUUCGCGCACCAUGGCCGUCCCCUGCCAAGAUUCCAAGUGACCCUGUGCUUCGGGGAGGAGUUUCCAGACCCUCAGAGGCAAAGGAAGCUCAUCACAGCCCACGUGGAACCUCUGCUAGCCAGACAACUAUAUUAUUUUGCUCAACARAACAGUGGACAUUUCCUAAGGGGCUAUGAUUUACCAGAACACAUUAGCAGUCCAGAGGAUUACCACAGAUCUAUCCGCCAUUCCUCCAUCCAGGAGUGAAAAAACUGUCAAAA